AUGUGACCCGAGCAAGGUGUUUUCACGCUGACAUGAGCGCUUGACAUGAGCGCGCGGAGAGCAGAGGGCUCUCAGAGGUCAGAGCUCAGAGUGCAGGCGGACCGCAGAGAGACACGCUCGCUCAGUUCAUCUACAGGAGGAUGGAGGUGGAGAACCGACCCAACGGAUUUGACUUCUCCAAACGGGACAAAUUACUGAGCAGCAGCGGUUUUUAUGAAGAGAACUCCCUCCAGGAUGACACAGAGGACGGGGGUGAGCGCUGGUGUCUGAUCUGUGGUGACCGGGCAUCCGGACUGCACUAUGGCAUCAUUUCCUGUGAGGGGUGUAAGGGCUUCUUCAAACGCAGUAUUUGCAACAAGCGCAUCUACCGUUGCAACAGGGACAAGAACUGCCAGAUGUCCCGCAAGCAACGCAACCGCUGUCAGUACUGCAGACUGCAGAAAUGCCUUCAGAUGGGAAUGAACCGCAAGGCAAUCAGAGAGGAUGGGAUGCCAGGAGGGAGGAAUAAAAUGAUUGGACCUGUUCAGAUCUCACUGGAGGAGAUCGAACGAAUUAUGUCUGGCCAGGAGUUUAAAGAAGGAGCUGAACUAUCAGAUACAUGGAGCCACGGCUACAGUAACCACAGUUCACCUGGCAACAGUAUCUCCGAGGGCGGUCAGACCUUAUCUUUCUCCGCGCUGUCAACCAGCCGUUCUGUGGAUAUGAGCACAUACUCUGUGUCCUGUAGAGAUCAAUGCAGCAGUCCUCAGCUAACCCACUCUUUCCUGUUGUGUAAAUAUCCUUUGCCGCCCCCUACUGGCCGCAGCCUGAAGACGCAAUCGGACACAUUCUCGGCCCAGCUACUCGCUGCUGAAGACCUCGCUCCUCUCACUACACCCAUGGUCAUAGAGGAGGGGUAUAUCGUGACUCAGUCGGAGCUGUUGGCUCUGCUGUGCCGUAUAGCUGAUGAGCUGUUAUUCAGACAGAUCGUCUGGCUGAAGCGUUUACCGUUCUACAGUGAUCUGUCCAUCAAAGACUGCACUUGUUUACUGGGGGCUUCCUGGCAUCAGCUCAUCCUGCUCUCCUUGCUCACAGUGCACAGUGGACAGAUACUGGGAGAAUUAGCCAACAUCACACACCAGUACACACCCUCCGACCUGACACUACAGGGAUUUGGUGAGGAUGCUAUGGAGGUCAUGGAAAGCUUAAAUUUUCUCUUCCGUAAGUUUCAUCAACUAAGCAUCAGCAAUGAGGAGUUUAGCUGCUUAAAGACCAUCACCCUGCUCAAUCAAGAUGUGGCAGGUUUGUGCAACACACCCAUGCUGGAACAGUUAAGUGAACGUUACUGGUCUGUGUGUCGCGACCUGACAGAACAACUUCACCCUCACCGGCCCAAACGCUUCUCUGACAUCAUCACCUGCCUUUCUGAGAUACGCCACACUUCAGGUAAGAUGAUGGCCGUUCCCCUGGAGCAGCUCCCGCUGCUGUUUAAGGCAGUACUGUACUCCUGCACAACCAAUCAAAACCCCUGGCUAGCCAACAGCUCCGCCUCCAGGACAUAAGCCAUGGCUCCAGCUAGCUGUUUUUAUUUCCCCCCCAAUGUAUUUAUUACAUGACAAAGUUGAAUGUAAAACAGAUUUGUGUGUGAUUUCGAUCUGUAGCAAAUGUAGCAAAUUACCAAAUUAGAUUUCAAGACGCCUGCAAAGAUUACCUCAGGAACAUAACCUUUGAAGGAAAGACUUCUGAAUUAUCAAGUGAAAUUGAACAAAACCAUUGUGUUAAUGAUCAAAAUGAAUAUGAAGAACCGCAAAUGAACGCAUUGCAAUCCUUUGUUGAAUUAUGCAGCCACUAGCCAUGAUAUAAAAUGUCCUUGUGUUACAGGAUGUCACUGAUAAAAUAUGCCUGUUGAUGUUGAAAUAAUGAAGAUGCCAAGUGCUGCAUUUCAGUCGAAUAACAAUGUUUCUUAUUCAAAUGGUAGCUACGUUUUGAGCUAUAGAGAUUUCAAAUGUUAGCUAGUUGAAAUGAUUGACAUUUAGACCAUCCUCAGCUUACAAGCUUAGUUCUGUUGUUGAGUACCAAAGUUGAGUGUGCCACAACAUACAUGCUGUUGACCAUCGUUUCUUUUGGAUGGAGACUUCCGGUAAUGUUUGAGCCAGUCGCCGGGGUAACGAAAUGCAAUAAGCACACUCUUUAGCCCAGGUGUGUGUGUAUGUGUGUGUUACAUGUGUGAUUUCCUCUCACACGUGUCUUCAAGGAAGUGUGAAUGUUUGAACAGGGUUUAUGUGUUUGUAUUUUGGCGUAGUUGUAGUUUUGUUGGAAAUGUUAUUCCUCAUUUCAGUGUUUUUGGAUCAUUUUUAAUCCUAUUUUUGAACAUGUUUAUAUGUGUUUUAACUGUUAAUAAAGGAGCCAUUUCUCAGGAAGGCCUUUAUAUCUGAUGAGGGUUGAGUUUGAUGAAACCUCAUCGAGUUGUGCUGAGGAACAUUCAAGUAUUACGAAACAUUGGAAGAAUUUUAUGUGGUUUUAACCUUCCAUUCCUUUGAAAGUUUACAUUUCUGUUUUUUGCUGCAGCAGCAGACAAUGAGAGGAUAGAGUAUAGCAGCACACUCGCGGAUAGCAUGCGAGGGUCGCUCUGAUAGAUAGCGAAGGCGGGGGGUAAUCAUUUUCUUUGUGUGUGCGAUGUUUCUCUCUCUAUUUUGUUACCAUCUGAGGCCUUGAAGUGCCUCUGUAGUUGAUGGCAUAUGAAGACCAGGCGGCAAAAGGACUGUGUCGCUCAGCUGUCUGCCUUUCUGUUUAUAUUCAUUGUUCAUCUGUUUAGCAUCGUGUUUUUCUUCUGAAUUUGAAUGUUUACAGCAUUAAAAAUAAAAUUGUACUUUUUUUUUUUUUUCAUUUCAUAAAGAAGGCCUGAAAAAACAUA